UCCUGAAUCUACGUCGACGUUUGUAACUGAGCGAAUAGCUCAUGACAAAUUGACAAUAUUCUUGUUUCACUUCCAAGUGCUGGUUCUCUGAACUUAUAACUUGUCCACCUUGGCAAACUCCGGGCAGAUUCAACCCGCCCUAUAAAAAUUAUUUUAAAUAGUAAAGGAAAUGCUUUAUGCUUAUUAUCUGAGUUAAACUCUGCAAAGCACUCUGGUACUACAUUUCCUGAUAAUUUUCGAAUGGUUAGUGAUAGAACCCCACUUCAACGUAAAUUGUUCCGUUCCUGUUAUAUGGAGCUUGAAUAAAGAACUAAAGAUGGUGAAUCUGGACUACGUAUAAAUUAUGAAGAUAGAUUGUCAAAAGUUGUUGUCAACCAUUCGAAAAACGGAAGAUAACGUCAACGGCAAGCAGUCAUCCAUUCUUAGCAACAUCUCUAUGUAAUGGCUCAAUAUCUGGAUUCUAUCAGAACUGCCGUGGUUUAAGGAAAAAAUUAUUUAACUUAAACUUUAAUGUAUCAUCUUUAAAUUGUACUUUCAUUGUUUUAACUGAAACAUGGUUAACCGAUAACUUUUUUGAUUCUGAACUUGGUUUAAUUAACUAUAUAUUUUUAGGUGUGAUAGAUUGGUUGGGUUGGGUUGGGUUAGGUCAAUUGUUUUAAACAAUGGGAACAUUAGAAACAUUAGUGAACACUUUGUAUAUUACUCUUUAAUCGGAAGAAAAAAACGAAACUAGGAGAUUUAGGACCGUGGUGCCGAAAAAUCCUCAUCGAGGUCGCAAAAGAUGUGAAACAAUAAUUUCUGUUGAACAGUACCAGUUUCGAGACUGCAGUCGAAGAACGCGAAUUUUAAAGCGCAGAAAACGGAAAAUUCUUCCAGAUUAAUCAAGGGAAACUCAAAAACUAUAAACGAUAGCCCAUUGAAAUGUGUUAUAAAAAUUAUGAACAGUCUAAUCGAAAAAGAAAAUUCAUCAAAAUGUAUGGUUGUAGUGAUGUCUAAAUUUGCAAAAUACAAACGCCGUGUAAGACGACCAUAUCCACUUGAAGAUCAUGAUCCUAAUUCACAGGACAGUGGUUCCCUUACUGCUCAUUCAGAUGAUUCUAGAUCAGUGUCAACAUUAUCUGAGAGCAAUACAUCAUAUACAGAUGAUUCAGAUGAUGAAUUCUUAGAUAUUGCUGUAUCCCCAACAGGAUCGUCUCCAGAUUCACUUCUACUUGGAUUCAGUACAUUAACAGAAGGACAUAUUAUUAGCCAGUCAUCAAUUAUUGUUAAAAGAAAAACUACAAAAUAUUCUUCAGAUACUCCUCGCAAGAAUGAUUUAUUGUUUGGUGGUAUUAAAAAUAAUGAAGCAGUUGUGAGAAAAAGAAAGUUGACACGUGAUUUAGAAUCAAAUCCUGAAAUGAAUGUAUUAUUUAAGAAAACUAGACCUAGUACGAAAUCUAAACCGGACGAGAGAAGUUAAGGUAAGAGGCUUUGAGCCGAUUCAGUUUUAUUUCUAAUUACAGUAG